UCGACCGGCGCUAGUACCUCAUCUCCAACCAACCUCCGCCCCUUCGUCCCACCGAGCAGGCGAUGAAGAAAGGCGGCCUGCUGGGGUGCGUGUCCACGGGCGCCUGCAGGGUGGCGCCGGGAGCCGUCGCCUCCCCGUCCUCGCCGACAGGGAAGGUGCCGGCGGGCCACGUGCCGGUGGAGGUCGGCGCCGAGGGCGAGGAGACGGAGCGCUUCCUCGUGCCGGCCGAGCUGCUCGGCCGCCCCGCCAUCGCCGAGCUGCUCCGCACUGCCGCGCAGGAGUACGGCUACGCGCGCCGCGGCCCGCUCCGCAUCCCCUGCCCCGCCGCCGCCUUCCGACGCCUCCUCAGCGCGCUCGCGGGCAGGGACUGCAGGCCGCUCACCCUGCCCUACUACGCCGCCGUCGUCGUCUGACCCACGAGCCCGCUAGCUCCUAGAGCUUCGUUCAUCGUAGCGUCUCGACUCUCGAUCCGUUUCGUUUCGUUUCUUUGAGGGGUGGCUGUGCAGGGCUGUGCACGUAUACGUACACGCGUGUGGUGAUUCAGGAGGACCCGAUCGAGAGAGAGCCUUUCUAGCUAGAUUUCUUUUUGCUCUUUGCUUCUCCUUCUUCCCUGUUGCUGUUCCUCUUUUUUUUUUUUUGUUCUUAUAAUACUACGCAUGUAUAAAUUUGUACAUCCAGAUCUAUGAGAUGCAGCUUAUGAACUCUGCAGAGUUUCAGUAGCCGGUGCACAUCUUUGCCCCUGUCUGUCUUCUUACUUGCAAUGGAUGUAAUAGCAUAACGUUCUUUCUUUUUUUGCCCCUGUGUUCUUACUUGCAGUGUUUGUAUAGAUUUGUGCAUCUAGAUCUAUGAGAUGCUUAUGAA